AUGGCGGGUGAUGCCAUCAUGGUCAUGAGAGGCUUGACAAAGCUGAGUAAAGCAAUCCUGGAAACCCAAGCAGGACAGCUUCGGCAGGUGCUCCUUGGGGGAGAUGCAGUUACCAUUGCAAGGACUCUCCAGGCCACUGCUGAGGAACAGUUCAGUUCUGCCAUGGGAAAAAUACAGGAACUAGGCAAACAGCAGGAGAACUUUGCUGAUCUUGGUGAGGAUUUUGGGAAAGACUAUGACUUCUCAGCCCGAGAACCAUCAGAUGCUCCAAUGGACUUCUCCACUGCCACUGGCAAGCCUCAUGCACACAGUGAAGGCCCUGCUUACUCUUACAGGACGAAUGGACCUUUUAGAAAUGUUGAUGAGACUGGAGAUUCUGGCAUGGGUCAGAAGCCUUUCCCUCCCAAAAUGGAUGCAAGGUUAUUUGGAGGUAUUAGAGACCCUGGAAAUCCUUUUGCUGCUGCCUUUGGACAAAAUAGGGCUUUUCAUCAAGACCAUUCCUCUGUUGGUGGAUUAACAGCUGAAGAUAUUGAUAAGGCCAGACAGGCCAAGACAGGUUCAAACCAGAAACCCUACAAACAGAUGCUCAGCGAGCGGGCCCGGGAGAGGAAGGUUCCUGUCACAAGGAUCGGACGCCUUGCAAACUUUGGAGGACUAGCUGUUGGUCUUGGCAUUGGGGCAUUGGCAGAAGUUGCAAAGAAGAGCCUUAGACCUGAGGAACGCAGUGGAAAGAAAGCUGUGAUGGAUUCUAGCCCGUUCCUGUCGGAGGCCAAUGCAGAAAGAAUUGUGAGGACUCUGUGCAAGGUUCGGGGAGCAGCACUGAAGCUGGGACAGAUGUUAAGCAUUCAAGAUGAUGCAUUCAUCAACCCCCAUCUCCAGAGGAUUUUUGAGCGGGUGCGUCAGAGUGCUGACUUCAUGCCAAUAAAGCAGAUGAUGAAAACUCUGAACAAUGAUCUUGGCCCCAGCUGGAGAGAUAAACUGGAGUCCUUUGAGGAACGUCCCUUUGCUGCUGCUUCAAUUGGUCAGGUUCACCUGGCACGCUUGAAAAAUGGGAAAGAAGUUGCCAUGAAAAUCCAGUACCCUGGAGUUGCCCAGAGCAUCAACAGUGAUGUUAACAACCUGAUGGCUGUCCUGAGCAUGAGCAAUAUUCUCCCUGAAGGUUUGUUCCCUGAGCACUUGAUUGAAGUUGUGAGCAGAGAGCUGGCCCUGGAGUGUGACUACCUGAGAGAAGCUGCCUGCGCAAGGAAAUUCCAGGAGCUGCUGAAAGACCAUCCCUUCUUUUACGUCCCAAGAGUAAUAGAUGAGCUGUGUAGCAAACACGUCCUGACCACAGAGCUGGUGUCUGGCUUUCCCUUGGAUCAAGCUGUAGGGCUGAGCCAGGAGAUUCGAAAUGAGAUCUGUCACAACAUCCUGGUCCUGUGUCUGCGGGAACUGUUUGAGUUCAAGUACAUGCAGACUGAUCCAAACUGGUCAAACUUCUUCUAUGACCCACAGCAGCACAAGGUGGCCUUGCUGGACUUUGGAGCAACACGAGGGUUUGAUGAGAAGUUCACAGAUGUCUACAUAGAGGUAAUCAAGGCAGCUGCUGACAUGGACAGAGCGAGGGUACUGAAGAAGUCCAUUGAAAUGAAGUUCCUCACUGGCUAUGAAAUCAAGGAAAUGGAAGAUGCACACUUAAAUGCUGUCCUCAUCCUGGGAGAGGCUUUUGCAUCUGAGGAACCUUUUGAUUUUGGCAACCAGAGCACCACUUUAAAGAUCCAUGGUUUAAUCCCAGUCAUGUUAAAGCAUCGGCUUGUCCCUCCACCAGAGGAGACCUAUUCUCUUCAUCGGAAGAUGGGGGGCUCUUUUCUGAUCUGCACCAAACUGAAGGCCAAAAUUCCCUGCAAAAACAUGUUCCAAGAGGCAUAUAGCAAAUACUGGAGCAGUAGGGGCAAGAAGCCAGAGGAGUAAUAGCAAUGAACUAACACGUCCUGUUCUGAGGGCCCUGAGCCCUGCAGAGAGCGUUCUAGCCUCCAGCUCUCCAUCCUCUUGAGAUGCAGCAGCCUCUGCCCUGGAAGCCAAAGUGCGUUUCAUAAGGACAAAGCUGUUCUUUCAUGCUGUGCCUGUCUUACACUGACUGCCAGUACAGCCUGCAGCUUGCAGGAAACUCUUUUUGAGUGCUUCCGUGCUGUUUCAAGGCACCAGCUGACUACCUUGAAUGCAUUUUUAACAUUGUGAUGGUGGCUGCAUAUUGAUGGGGUUUUAUAAUGAGUAGGGGAAGGAGGACAAGACCAGAAUUUAAUAUGGAAACCUAUUUGUAAUUCUCCA